CCUAUAAGUACAUACUCCUUUCCAUCCCCCUUAGUCACCAUUAGUAGAUGACAGUUUAGCUCGCAUACACUCACAAUUCUGUGUACUAUACUGUAUACGAGGUUCGCUUCUGGCUAGCUCGAUCCCUUCCAGCCAGCCAUGAAGGCUCCCGUGGUCGUGCUUCUGGGCCUUGUGAUCGUCGGUGCCAUUGGUGCUAUCAGCGCGGAUGCGCGGAGACCGGUGGUGCCGGCGAUUUUCGUGCUAGGGGACUCGACCCUAGACGUGGGCAACAACAACCACCUCCCGGGGAAGGAUGUUCCCAGGGCCAACGAGCCUUUCUACGGCAUCGACUUCCCCGGUGGCGCCCAUGCCACCGGGAGGUUCAGCAACGGCUACAACAUCGCCGAUUUCGUCGCGAGGCAGCUGGGGUUCGAGAGGAGCCCUCUGGCUUACCUAGUGCUGAAAUCUCGAAACUAUCUCAACCCCAGCGCUCUGACGAGAGGGGUGAGCUAUGCUUCCGCGGGAGCCGGUAUCCUCGACUCCACUAACGCGGGAAAGAACAUCCCUUUGUCAAAGCAGGUGAGCUACUUCGCGUCGACAAAGGCCGAGAUGGAGGCCACAUGGGGCAACCAUAAAGUCUCCAAGCUCCUCGCCAGCUCAUUCUUCCUCCUGGGCUUUGGCAGCAACGACCUCUUCCAGAGCAGACCAAAGUCCGAAGCCGAUGUUGCCGUACUCUAUGCGACCCUCGUCUCGAACUACUCCGCCGCCAUCACUGACCUGUAUGGGAUGGGCGCGAGAAAAUUCGGGAUCAUCAGCCCUGGCCCGGUGGGGUGUGUGCCGCGGGUGCGCCUGUUGAACGCGACGGGCGCCUGCAACGAUGGCAUGAACCGCCUCACUAUGGGGCUCGCCGCGGCGUUCAAGUCUGGCCUCGCUACAACCCUCAGCCCAACGAGGCUCCCAGGCCUCACGUACUCACUCGCCGACUCCUUCGCCGGCACGCGGGCCAACUUCGACAACCCACAAGCGGUUGGGUUCGUGAACGCCGAUAGCGCGUGCUGCGGGAGUGGUAGGCUGGGCGCGGAGGGUGAGUGCACGAGGAACGCGACACUGUGCAGUGACCGCGAUGUGUAUGCAUUCUUUGACAACGUGCACCCGAGCCAGCGGGCCGCCGAGCUGGGUGCGCAGGCUCUCUUUGUGGACAGCCCGACUCAGAUCACCGCACCCAUCAGCUUCAAGGAGCUAGCCCACGAGAGAUGAUUGAUUGGUUCCUUGAAAAUUACUACAAGACAUGAUUUAAUUUUCUUGACUUUGAGUGUGUUUUUGUAUGUUGUUGUAUUAGUAUUAUUUUGAAAACUACAUAUAGUGUUAAAUAAUGCUCAUACACUAAGCACCAACAUUAGGUGUCACGCAGGACGGCACACUUCCCACUAACACAACGUCUAACUUACUCCCUCCAUUUACUUAUACAAGGCCACUAUGGAAUAUACAUUUUGCAUCUAUACAAGGGCACCAACAGCAAUGGAGACAAAAUUAAUGUUAUUUUCUCGUACUAGCAACCUAUUUAAUACUUGCAUGCAUGUAGCCAUAAUGACAGUCAGCUACUUCCUCCAUUCAGUUUUCUUGGAUGUAUGUGGCGUAUUAAUGAUCCCACUAAAUGAAAAGAAAAUCUGACUUGCAAAGCACACAUUAAAUUUUACAUUGGUACGUGUAAUCUGAGUUUGUGGCCUUGUAUACAUAAAAUGGAGGGAGUAUAUAACACUAAAGAAAAA